CGCUUAAUUCAACCUUUUCGGACUUUACGCGUGAGAAUCACAACAACUUCCUUUCCUCAAACCAGAAUACACUCAAUCAUCAUCAUCAGAACAACAAACGCAUCAAGAAACACUCAUUACACCUUUGCAUCACGAUAUCAGACUUUGUUUCUCUGCAGGAGACGGAGUGGAGAUUUUUGAUUCGCUGCUCUUUCCACUGCAAGAAGAAGGGUACAAGGAGGGAAAGUCAAGACCCCACAUUCACACACAACAACAACACCAACCUGAAGCAACUUCAAGAUGGGCGCAGCAUUCUCGUCAAUGUUUAGCUCUCUGGCUUUUUGGGCAAGGAACAAAGAAGUACGAAUUUUGAUGUUAGGAUUGGAAAAUAGUGGAAAGACUACAAUCCUAUACAAACUACAAUUAGGAGAAGUUGUUUCAACUAUACCUACGAUUGGAUUCAAUGUUGAAAGUUUAGAUUAUAAAAAUAUCAAAUUUCAAGUUUGGGAUUUAGGUGGUCAAAGUAGCAUUAGACCUUAUUGGAGAUGUUAUUAUGCAGAAACGAGCGCAAUCAUUUAUGUAAUCGAUUCAGCGGAUAAAGAAAGGUUAGGAACAUCAAGAGCAGAACUACUUGCAAUGCUUUCCGAAGAAGAAUUACGUUCGGCAAAACUUUUGGUCUUUGCAAAUAAACAAGAUUUGGAUGGUCAUGCAAGCGUAAGUGAAGUUAGCGAGGCAUUAGGCUUAGAUCAAUUGAAAGAUCGUAGUUGGACGAUUCAAGGCUGUUGUGCCAUCAAAGGAGAUGGUCUAGAGGAUGGUUUAGACUGGCUUGUCAAUUCAUUACAGGAAAAAUGAACCGAUCCACCCUCAUCACGAUGGACAAUUUCGUCAAAAUUUGUACUUCACUUCGUUUCGCUUUGCACUUUUUUUCAAAUAUACCAAUAAGGACCUUCUAGAACCUUCAGAGCGGUCUCGGCUGCGUUUGGCGAGUUUCAUUGUCAGGAAGUAACUUUAUGCCACAAGCAUCCGUUCUAUUCUAAAGCUAUGAAUUAGAG